GAAACGACGCCCGGCACUCUGGCACAGUGUCACGCGUCCUUUACGUAACCUAAGAAGAAUUCUGGCACGGCCCCACUCUCCACCGAGGAGAAGGGGGGGGAGACGUCAGGAAAAACUUACACUAGAUCCACACGUUUUUGCCAAAGACGACUUUGGUGUCGGUGGUGGUAAUCAAUCGAGGCGAAAACCGUGUGUGACGGAUCGACGACGUCCAGUUGUUUUAGUGUGAGGAGUAGGAAAAAUGAGGAUCGGUCAACUGGAUAAUGGUGAGAGCAGAAGGCGUGCGUUAUCCGGCAUUAGUUUCGAAAAGGCGAAUAAUAUGCUGCCGGGGAUAUCGGCCGUCUAAUAAUAAGUGCGAUCGGUGCGUAUUUUUGGAGUGAUGCUUCAUGGGAUGUAGCUGCCACCCUUUGAAAUAUUAUGAGUGAACUGCAGUCGACCAUUGAGUUUUCUGUCGAGUUAUACAAGUUUUACAAUGUGGACCUUUUUCAAAGAGGAAUAUAUCAAGUGCGAUGUUCUUUACGGGUGUCAGCCAAACUGGGUGCGGAAGUUGAAGUAGCAACACCGGAAAUCACCACCGGACUGGGAUCGGCUGUGGUUUUAGGGCACUACGGGUCUUGUAGGCCAUUUAAGAUUCUUUAUAGGAAUGAGGAGGUGUCAUUAAAGGAUGUCGUAUUGUUUAGGUGUCAUAUGUUAGUAGACGCGAACAACAUCCGGGAAUCCCUGGACCGUGCAGAUUUCUGUCUUAUCCUGGAUCUUUGGUUUAGCGACACCACCGUCAACUCGUUAUCGCUAGUGUCCACCCGGACGCUUCAGUUGAAUUUCUCACCGGUAGAGGGCCUACACUAUCAUUUGCCGGUUGUUUUUGAUUAUUUCCAUUUGUCCGCCGUGUCCGUUACUGUACACGCGUCACUUACUGCCUUAGUUCAACCAUCUUUAAAGAAAGGUAUACUACGAUACGUGCAGAGUUGCGCUCCAAAAACAUCGAAAUCCUGGAGCAAAAUCCGCACCACCCACUGUUCUACGUUAACCGAUCCCGUCCCGCAAGUGAGCAGUCAAAAGUUUUAUAAUAGAAUUAACGAAUCUUCCCAUUUAGAAGCCUAUAACGUUCUCUUAGAAUCGAGCAAUAAUUUAAAAACCACCAUUAAAGACUAUAAAUUACUAUUAAUGCAACGAGAGGAGUUCGUGUCUGAUAACUACGACACUCUUAUUGUUAAAUAUAACGAUUACGAUAGCACUUUGCUCUUGAAGAAAAACCCUUAUAAACCCACGUCGAACCUAGAAGAGCUCUGCGGAGGCAACAUCAAGCUAUGGAACUACUUUUUGCUCACCUUCAGCUGUAAAAUAGCCAUCCAACAAUAUCUGAGCAAGAAGCAUCACUAUCUGAGAGUCGGACGGUUUUCUGAGCUAUUUUUCACUAUCAAAAACCCCAGGAAAACCGCCCUGGGGUGCUACGAGGCAAAAUUUCAAAAGUACCUACUGAUAUCGGAGCUAACAAAAAGGUCGAAAUAUAUGCAGCUACUUCCCCCACUGCCUGUGCAUUGUAGUUUCUUAGACGGAGACAGUGCGACGAUGCCAAUCAUUUUCGAAGAUCAGUAUCAGGAUCCGCAAGUCGCCGUUGGAAAAGGACAAGAUGAGGAUUUUGUCAAAGCAAAACCAAAAGAUCAGAUCUCGCUGCUGUCCUCCUCAAGAAGCAUCCCAUGCAGUAACGGAGAUCCAAUCUACGACUCUCAAACAACGCGAUUUAAACGAUCAAAAACCACCGAUAACACCGCAAAAUGUUCUUGCGGCUUCGACGUUUGGGAACCGCAGAAACCUUUUGAAAAAACGACGGAUUUAUGCAAAAGGGAUGACUCCUUUAAUACCGUACCGACCAGACACAGUAAAUCUCUGGACCACCUUAAAGGGUCCACAUCAACGACCAGUUUCCACGCUUCGAUGACCAACAUUCUUACUGAGAACAAAUUGCUCUCGAUGAGACCAAAAUCCCCCUCAGAAAAUCGCUUCUACAAAAUCGAAACGUUAAAAAACGUCGCUAGCGAGUAUAAUUUUCGGUACAACGAGAAGUACGUCUUAAAAGUUGGGGUGGGAAAAAAACCGAAAAAACCCUUAAGCCUUUAUAAGUCGGUCAUGCCCAGAUCGACAUCGAUGCAAACCUUUUUACCGAAACCUUACGACGAGGGUAAAAAGUUUAACUCACUAAUAAACCAAAAAUCGAAAACCAUCACGAAUGGUGCGAUCGUCCAUCAAAAUGGCACAACGAAAUCAAAAUGUAACUCACAGACUCUAAGUAGAAAAUCAAAAAUUUUCGAAAUCGGUUCGACCAGUAGCUCGACCGAGGAGAGCAUAUCUCAAAACCUGCCCAAAACAGGAUCAUCUCUUAGUAAUAACGUAUUAAGUGAUAGUUUAAGGAAAGCGAGGAGUAGUUCCUGUAUAUCGGAGGAACUGUUGCCAUUAUUAGUGUCUUCUGGGGCGGAAUCGUUGCCAAAUCUCAGUCCGAAGAUGGAAACCAAGUUGGGUAGUUGUGUGGAGUUUUCUAGUAGCGGUAGUACUAGUAGUUGCUCGUCUGCUACUAGCGAACAAAGCGGAUGGAUAUCCUCUAGAAGCAGCUCCGUAGACACCAGUACCGACGCAACCAAUCCUGCCACAAGUGCUAUAGAUUCAAAGUUAGAUAUGUUACAAAAGGAACUAGAUCGCCUUACGGAGGAGAGCAAGAAACUUAGUGAUAUUAGCAAGAAGCCUGACAAAGAUAGAACUACUAAUAUUAAGAAUAUAUCAAAAGCAAAAAUUUAUUUAGGUAAAAAUAGAGGAGAAAUUAAAAAAAAAGAGAACGAAGAAACGGAUUAUGGCUGUGAACAAAAUCAAACCAUACAAGAACCAAUGGAGGAUAUCGCUUUAUUACCCCCGAAACAAUUUAGAGAUUUAAUUUCCCCAUCCAGUUCAGUCAUCACACAUGAUAACGAAGAACCCGAUCAACUAUCAGAGGAUGAAGAAAUAAAUGCGAUUGAUAACUUACUUUAUCACGUGAUAGAUAUCCAAACUAAUGUUGAAGAAAAAACGGAAAAACCCAGUCAAUUAAGUGAUAACUCUUAUCACUCCAGAAGACAAGAGUUACCACUUGAAAAUAGUCGUAGUAGCAGUAGUCAAUGUGAGACUGAACCAGACGAAUUUCAUUUUAACAAAGGAAACUCUGAGGCCCUAAAGGCGUUCCUAAAGGCAAAAAAGGAGUUCAAAAGUCAAUUAAACUUCCCAGGAAUUUUAUAUUCGGAUUUAAAUUCAUACGCUUCCCAAGUACCUUACUUCCAUAUCGCCGAUGAGUUUCGGAUAUUUUCACCAGAGGGAAUGCAUUUAGUGAUAUGCGUUCACGGCCUAGAUGGUAACUCAGCCGACCUAAGAUUGGUAAAAACGUAUUUGGAAAUGGGUCUUCCAGGGGCCUACCUUGACUUUCUAAUGUCCGAACGAAAUCAGGGUGAUACUUUUAGCGAUUUCAAUACGAUGACUGACCGUUUAGUUAAUGAAAUAUUACAAUAUUUAGACUCGAGCAGUAUUAGACCUACGAGGAUAAGUUUCGUAGGGCACUCCUUAGGUAACAUUAUCAUAAGAUCCGCGUUAACUCGGCCCCAGUUGAAAUUUUUACUGCCAAGACUGCAUACGUUUCUAUCACUUUCUGGACCACACUUAGGGACUUUGUAUAAUAGUAGUGGAUUAGUUAAUAUGGGUAUGUGGUUUAUGCAAAAAUGGAAAAAGUCCGGAUCUCUAUUGCAGUUGUGUUUGAAGGAUGCGACUGAUCCGAGACAGUCUUUUUUAUACACUCUCAGUCAGAAGAGUACUUUACAUUAUUUUAAGAAUAUUUUGCUGUGUGGGUCUGGACAAGACAGAUACGUCCCGUUACACUCAGCAAGAAUCGAGCUGUGCAAAGAAUCAUUAAAAGACACAUCAGAACAGGGUAUAAUCUACAGGAAAAUGGUCCAAAACAUCAUGCAGCCGAUAAUCGCGCAGACUGACCUAAAACUGUUGCGCUACGACGUUCACCACGCCUUACCGAACACGGCGAACGCCCUCAUCGGUCGCGCAGCCCACAUCGCCGUCUUGGAUUCCGAGAUUUUUAUCGAAAAAUUCAUGGUCGUUGUCGGCAUCAAGUAUUUCCGUUGAGUUUUCCCUUUACUUUGUCACUUCCUUUUUCUAUAUUUGAGAUAAAAUGGUUUUAAAAAAUUAAA